AUGGCUCCCCUCCAAUUUCAACCAUAUAUAUCUCAACCAACACCCGAAUUCUGGUCCGCGGUCACUUCGCUGAAGUUGGAUAAGCUCAAGCUGGAUGACUCGUCGCUCGCAAUCCAGGCUUGGGUAGAGGAGGGGCGGAGCAUCCCCAAUCUUAACAAGCUCACUGGCGUCAAGGAAGGCAAGAGCGUAGGUGUCGACGGCAGCGUAGUUCUAUCUGCCACGGCGUUCGAGCCUCUUAGCGAGCGCACGGCUUCGCACGGCUAUCACCUUCGAGGCACCUUCAAAAACUACAACACCAUCGAAGAAUUCAGAUCUCCAGAAGCCAAGAAGGCAGUUUUUGACAAGGUGGCAGAUGACAUUCUCGCAUCCUUUGACUCCGAAGAGCCCGUGUUCAAUGACUUUCUGCUCUUGACCUUCGCGGAUUUGAAGAAGUACACAUUCCACUACUGGUUCGCUUUCCCAGCUGUGGUUUCGAAGCCAGGCUGGCAGACGGAUGGUUCUUUCAGUGGCGUCUCGGACAUUGUGAGACUGUUAAGGAGCACUGUCGCUGACACGGCUAGGAGGCGAAUGAGAUACGCCGCCUGGGAGAGAAACUUGAGAACAAAAGCUCCGAAGUCGCUUUUCUGGGGUGCCUCCAACACAGCUUUCCAUGACCCUUCAUCGCUUCCUGAUAACCCCGGCUGGGUAGUGAGGAGCGUUCUAUAUUACCUGAACAGUCGUCACGGCAUCCAGAAUUUGAGGCUUGUCGGUUUGAGGCAGGGUUCUGACAGCCGAGCAGUCCAGAUUUCAGCGGGGCCCGAGACGGUUCCAAGCGGCCACCGUCCUCAGGUUGUUGGCUGGGAAAGGGACGGAACGGUGGCUGGAUACUCUGUGGUGCUCACAACUAGUCUGGCCGAUCAAGCUGUUGAUCUGAACUUGAAGUUGAUGCGUUGGCGCAUCAUGCCGGAGCUUGACCUGGAAAAGAUUGCUUCCUCCAAGUGCUUGCUGCUUGGUGCGGGAACUCUUGGUUGCUAUGUAGCUCGAUCGUUGAUGGUAGCUACCGGUUACGACUUGUCGAUCCCCAUGCCUGGCCACCCCAUCGGCAGCGGAGCCGAGCAAUCAGUUCAGGAGACAGUUGCCCAUCUCGAGGGCCUCAUAGAGGACCAUGAUGUUGUUUUCCUACUCAUGGAUUCGCGGGAAUCAAGGUGGCUGCCGACCGUUAUCGGAGCGGCGCGGGGAAAAGUGGUCGUCAACGCAGCACUCGGGUUUGAUAGUUAUCUCGUCAUGCGCCAUGGGGUACCAGCGACCGCAGGAGCACGUCUAGGUUGCUACUUCUGCAACGACAUUGUUGCACCCACGGACAACACUCGACCAAAUGUGCACGGUGACUCGACCAGCGUCGAGGCCCCCGCAGAGCGCGCUGGCAGUGGUGCCGCUUCAGCAUGUGGGGGUUCACCUCUAGGACCCGUCCCGCAUCAGGUACGAGGCUCUCUUACCCAAUGGAACAAUAAUUUGGUCGAGGGCGCUGCGUACAACAAGUGCACAGCCUGCAGUGAUAUUGCCUACACCGAUCAUGGGAUGUCAUUCCUACUUCGCGCUUUCAAUGAGUCCGGAUACUUGGAAAGCGUGACCGGGUUGGACAAGCUUUACGCUGAAGCCGAGGCGGCAUUGGAUAGUGUAGACUGGGAGGAAGGCAGCGAGGAGGAUGAUUUCUAG